GCACGCGCGCCGCUUCCCGGUGGCAGGCGCGGGCAGGGCCGCGUUGCGUCAUCGGGGCGCGCGCCUCAGAGAGAGCUGUGGUUGCCGGAAGUUGAGCGGCGGCAAGAAAUAAUGGCGGCAGCUACGGGGAAUCCUGGACUCUCUAAACUGCAGUUUGCCCCCUUUAGCAGUGCCUUGGAUGUUGGGUUCUGGCAUGAGUUGACCCAGAAGAAGCUGAACGAGUAUCGGCUGGAUGAAGCUCCCAAGGACAUUAAGGGUUAUUACUACAAUGGUGACUCUGCUGGGCUGCCAGCUCGCUUAACAUUGGAGUUCAGUGCUUUUGACAUGAGUGCUCCCACCCCAGCCCGUUGCUGCCCAGCUGUUGGAACACUGUAUAACACCAACACACUUGAGUCUUUCAAGACUGCAGAUAAGAAGCUCCUUUUGGAACAAGCAGCAAAUGAGAUAUGGGAAUCCAUAAAAUCAGGCGCUGCUCUUGAAAACCCUGUACUCCUCAACAAGUUCCUCCUCUUGACAUUUGCAGAUCUAAAGAAGUACCACUUCUACUAUUGGUUUUGCUAUCCUGCCCUAUGUCUUCCAGAGAGUUUACCUCUCAUUCAGGGGCCAGUGGGUUUGGAUCAAAGGUUUUCACUAAAACAGAUUGAAGCACUAGAGUGUGCAUAUGAUAAUCUUUGUCAAACAGAAGGAGUCACAGCUCUUCCUUACUUCUUAAUCAAGUAUGAUGAGAACACGGUGCUGGUUUCCUUGCUUAAUCACUACAGUGAUUUCUUCCAAGGUCAAAGGACGAAGAUAACAAUUGGUGUAUAUGAUCCCUGUAACUUAGCCCAGUACCCUGGAUGGCCUUUGAGGAAUUUUUUGGUCCUAGCAGCCCACAGAUGGAGUAGCAGUUUCCAGUCUGUUGAAGUUCUUUGCUUCCGUGACCGUACCAUGCAGGGGGCGAGAGACGUUGCCCACAGCAUCAUCUUCGAAGUGAAGCUUCCAGAAAUGGCAUUUAGCCCAGAUUGUCCUAAAGCAGUUGGAUGGGAAAAGAACCAGAAAGGAGGCAUGGGACCAAGGAUGGUGAACCUCAGUGAAUGUAUGGACCCUAAAAGGUUAGCUGAGUCAUCAGUGGAUCUAAAUCUCAAACUGAUGUGUUGGAGAUUGGUUCCUACUUUAGACUUGGACAGGGUUGUGUCUGUCAAAUGUCUGCUGCUUGGAGCCGGCACCUUGGGUUGCAAUGUAGCUAGGACAUUGAUGGGUUGGGGCGUGAGACACAUCACAUUUGUGGACAAUGCCAAGAUCUCCUACUCCAAUCCUGUGAGGCAGCCUCUCUAUGAGUUUGAAGAUUGCCUAGGAGGUGGUAAGCCCAAGGCUCUGGCUGCAGCAGACCGGCUCCAGAAAAUAUUCCCUGGUGUGAAUGCCAGAGGAUUCAACAUGAGCAUACCUAUGCCUGGGCAUCCAGUGAACUUCUCCAGUGUCACUCUGGAGCAAGCCCGCAGAGAUGUGGAGCAACUGGAGCAGCUCAUCGAAAGCCAUGAUGUCAUCUUCCUGUUGAUGGACACCAGGGAGAGCCGGUGGCUUCCUGCUGUCAUUGCUGCAAGUAAGAGAAAGCUGGUCAUCAAUGCUGCUUUGGGAUUUGACACAUUUGUUGUCAUGAGACAUGGCCUGAAGAAACCAAAGCAGCAAGGAGCUGGGGACUUGUGUCCAAACCACCCUGUGGCAUCUGCUGACCUCCUGGGCUCAUCACUUUUUGCCAACAUCCCUGGUUACAAGCUUGGCUGCUACUUCUGCAAUGAUGUGGUGGCCCCAGGAGAUUCAACCAGAGACCGGACCUUGGACCAGCAGUGCACUGUGAGUCGUCCAGGAUUGGCCAUGAUUGCAGGAGCCCUGGCUGUGGAAUUGAUGGUAUCUGUUUUGCAGCAUCCAGAAGGGGGCUAUGCCAUUGCCAGCAGCAGUGAUGAUCGGAUGAAUGAGCCUCCGACCUCUCUUGGGCUUGUGCCUCACCAGAUCCGGGGAUUUCUGUCACGGUUUGAUAAUGUCCUUCCCGUCAGCCUGGCAUUUGACAAAUGUACAGCUUGUUCUUCCAAAGUUCUUGAUCAAUAUGAACGAGAAGGAUUUAACUUCCUAGCCAAGGUGUUUAAUUCUUCACAUUCCUUCUUAGAAGACUUGACUGGUCUUACAUUGCUGCAUCAAGAAACCCAAGCUGCCGAGGAUCAUCUUUCUUUCAUCCGGCCCAAGAAUGGCACCUUCCCCGCCCAUCAGGCCACCUGCACUCAGGAGUUGGCUGCCUGUCCUGAAAUAGAUCUCUACCAGCUCUCAAGCAGAACAAUUCCUUGCAUUCAUACUUGAAUGUAUAUUUUAUGUUAUUACCUCUUAUUUGUCUUUUUGUAAGUUUGUCCCUACCCCAGUUAAAAAAAAAAAAAAAAAAAUCUGAGUUACUGCUACUGAACCAAAGGGCCUCAUUUGAGGUCUUCUUUCUCCCCACCCCCUCCUCCAUCCCAGUGAUACAGAUGCUGCCUUGUCUGGUCAGGCCUUCAGGGAGGAUGUCCUGACCCCCUCAACCCCCCAUCUCCAAAGCUGUCCCCUCGCUCUUUGUGCAACUCCCCG